AUGGUGAACGAGUCGUCGUCUUCCCCUGGUAGUAGUAACUGCACUCAUUUGUUUGUUCGUCACGGAAUCUGCUUCGCCUGCAAAGCGAAGGUGAGCUGUGUCCAAGGCCGACCAUUCGGUUAUCUCUUCUCCGGUUUACAUCUGAGCCACGAAGCUGUAUCUUUUACAAAGCAUCUCACAACCCUAAUCUCACUUUACGGACAGAGGAAGCUUCACUUAGUCAUUGACUUGGACCACACGCUAAUCCACUCCGUUAGGACUUCAAAUCUUUCUAAAGCAGAGAAGUAUCUAAUCAAAGAGGAGAAAUCAGGUUCAAGGAAAGACCUGCGGACAUAUAAAGAUAGAUUAGUUAAGUUUCGACCUUUUGUAAAAGAGUUCCUUACAGAAGCCAACAAGCUUUUUACCAUGUUUGCUUACACAAGAGGCGGUUCCACUUAUGGUCACGCUAUUGUGAGGAUGAUUGAUCCAAACAAAACCUAUUUCGGGGAUCGAGUGAUCACUAGAAAAGAGUCUUCUGGCACCAAGACACUUGAUCUUGUCUUAGCUGAUGAACGUGGAGUCGUGAUUGUGGAUGAUACGCUAGAUGCUUGGCCUCAUCAUAAGAGAAACUUGUUGGAGAUCACAAGAUACUUGUAUUUCAGAAACGAUAAGAGAUUCAAGAGGCCAGGAUUAUCUUACGCCGAGAGGAAGAGUGACGAGGGUAGAAGCGAAAGAGCAUUGGUGUAUCUUCUGAAAUUUCUCAAGCAAGUUCACAAUGGAUUCUUUACCUGUGGGCUUGAAGAUGAGUUGGAUUUUAAGGACGUUAGGUGCUUGAUAAAGGGUCCCCUUAAACCACAUAGAUGCUAA